AUGUCACGAGGGCAAAUCCAAAGGGAGUUUGCAAGACAGUUAGCUCACAAUGAGCCUGACUCAGAGUUGGAAUGGGCUGCUCGUGGACAUGGACUCAAAGUCGGCUUUGCCAAGGUCCCUGUCCAGAAUGGUCAAGAAGGAAACAGAACGCAAGAUGACAGUCCCAGCGUUACAGUGCAGGGUAUUGGUGAUUCAAGUGUCGGAGCCACUAUCCAUGCGCUUUGCAGCGUGAAGGGCGCGUCCACUAUUCCAGCAAAUCAGCAAGUGCUUGGUGGUCAGGUGGAGAACUAUUGUCCUGCUGGAUGGUUACCGUCGGUCACGGAGCAGCAGAUGAUCAUGAAGGAGUUGGCAGCCGGUAGCCCUAAUGCUGAUUUUGAUAUUCAGUCGUUGUCUGGAGAGGCUGAAUCCAAGAGUGCGAGGAUAAAUCCGCAAGGCGAGUGA